CGUGCAUCUCUUCAAAACAAAGCGGGGGCGCGCGCACGGGAGCGAGCGGAGGCGCAUGCUUCAUGAAUGAGUCCUCCGCGGUCUGCUCUGUACUGCUAGCACCCCUACCCGUACAACCACCAUCACCGCCUCCAAAGGACCGCACGCACAUCGGACCCAUCGCCUGCCCGAUGCCCGACAGGGAGAUCCAUCCGUUGGAUCGAGUCUCGGCGAACCACCGAUGAGCCCGGACGGAACCGACCUGACGUCGGAGAUAUAUGCACGCGCCAUCUCGGCUAGAACCAGGCAACAGGACACGAAACGAUGCUGGAUGGCCUCAGACGGAGGCAUGCCUCCCGCUCCUCGCCCCGGCCACUCUCGCUCAACUUCAGCACUUUCUCGGCGCCUCCCCCGAGCCCGGACUUGGAUGGGAGCAAUGAGCAUCCAAUCAGGAGGACUCUGCACCGGCUGAAGCUGAUGAGCUCGCCCAGCCUUAGCGAGUUGGCCAAGAGCGACAAGGGUUCACCGGAGGACAGAGGCGAGAAGCAGAAGAGGGCUGGCGCCAACGCCACCUGGAACAGCAUCCACAAUGCCGUCAUCGCAGUUUUCCAGAAGAAAGGUUUGGCCGACAAUGAACUUUACGUCCUCAACGAAGGCGUCCGGCACCUGCUGAAGACCGAGCUGGGUUCCUUUUUCACGGAAUACCUUCAGAACCAGUUGCUGACAAAGGGCAUGGUCAUCCUGAGAGACAAAAUAAGGUUCUACGAAGGUCAGAAGUUACUGGACUCUCUGGCCGAGACGUGGGACUUCUUCUUCUGUGAUGUGCUCUCCAUGCUGCAGGCCAUCUUCCACCCAGUCCAGGGGAAGGAGCCAUCUGUCCGCCAGCUUGCUCUACUGCACUUCAGGAGCACCAUCGUCCUGAGCGUCAAGCUGGAGGACGCCCUGUCUCGGCCCCGGGCACGAGUUCCACCGUCCGUUACGCAGAUGCUGCUCAUCCUCCAGGGAGUUCAUGAGUCACGUGGUGUGAAUGAGGACUACCUGAGACUGGAGUCUCUGGUCCAGAAGGUGGUCUCACCCUACUUGGGCACUCACGGGCUUUACUCUGGAGAUGACAUCGAGGACCACUGCUGUGUUCUGGAGAAGCGCUUCCAAUGGGGCUGGUCCAAGUCUGCCGAGCAUCUGUCCAAGAACCCGGUGGUCCGAUCGAAAAGUUACAACAUCCCGUUGCUCCUGACCCCCGUGGCCGAGUACGACGCCGACUGCGGCUCAGUGGGUAGCGGAGGAAUCCGCCGCCACUCGGCCUGCGAGAUGAUCUCCUGCCUGGAGGAGCAGAAGUUGAACUACGCCGAGCUGGCGGCGAGUUCCGACCUCUCUGGCUCCGCCUCCAACAGGCUAUGCGUGGGCUCGCAGUUCAAAGGCAUGAUGCAGACAGGAGCUACCUCCAUGGAUCUCCCUCUGUCCUCCCCGUCCAUCCUGCACUCGUCGGGGGCUCUCCACGGCACCGAAGCCACCACCACCGUGACCGACCUUGGCAAGGCAGGGUCCUGUUCGCCACCCAGCGAGUCGUCCAGCCCCGAAACCAUCAUCGGACAAGUCCUCCAGUCGGGAGACUCCGACUCAGAUGGGAUAUUCAUCGACUUCCCACCUCAUUCCGCCGAGGCUCUUGGCUAUGGCCGCGAGAGCAGGCAGAGUACGGUGUAGCUGCACGCACACAUUUACACACACACACUCACACACACUUGGGAUAAUCAUUGUCAGUACAUUUCAUGGCUUUGAAUUCGUCCUCUUCUCCAUCCAGUCAUGCUGGUUUCAUAAAAUAAUGUAGUUAUAAAAGUUUAAGGCUUGAAAACAAAAAAA